AACUGAGAUCGGAGAGGUUCUUGCUUGUUUUAAGAGACCAGGGCGUGAACCCAGUCGUCGGACUUCCAGGGGCUCUCUCAUUGCCCCAACGAGGACAGUCAAGACCUUGUGACCGUGUGAGCAAAAUCACCUUUGUAACCCAUGUGCAUCAUCUUCUUUAAGUUUGAUCCUCGUCCUGUUUCCAAAAAUGCAUACAGGCUCAUCUUGGCAGCCAAUAGAGAUGAAUCCUACCACAGACCAUCUAAGCUGGCAGACUUCUGGGGGGACAACAAUGACAUCCUCAGUGGGCUCGACAUGGAGGAAGGCAAGGCAGGAGGAACAUGGCUGGGCAUCAGCACACGUGGAAAGCUGGGGGCACUCACCAACUACCUGCAGCCCCGGCAAGAGCCAUACGCCCGUGGUAGAGGUGAACUUGUGACUCACUUUCUGACCAGUGACAUGGACAGCCUGUCCUACCUGAAGAAGGUCUCUACAGAGGGCCACCUGUACAAUGGCUUUAACCUCAUAGCAGCUGACCUGAGCACGGCAAAAGGAGAUGUCGUUUGCUACUAUGGAAACCGGGGGGAGCCUGAGCCUAUUGUCUUGACACCAGGAACCUAUGGGCUAAGCAAUGCUCUACUGGAGACACCCUGGAGGAAGCUGUGCUUUGGCAAACAACUCUUCAUGGAAGUGGUGGAGCAGAGCGAGGCACUCCCUAAGGAUACCCUUGUCACCCAUCUCCUAGAUGUACUCAACAAUGAGGAGGCACAGCUGCCAGAUCCAGCCAUUGAGGACCAGGGCCAGGAGUAUGUACAGCCAAUUCUGAGCAAGUAUGCAGCGGUGUGUGUGCGCUGCGCCACCUAUGGCACCAGAACCAACACCAUCAUCCUCGUGGAUGCAGAUGGCCAUGUGACCUUCACAGAACGGAGCAUGCUGGACAAAGACACCUCUUACUGGGAAACCAACACCUAUGAGUUCACACUACAGAGUUAGCCCCCACCGCUAGGAUGCCAUGCCUCAAGGGUCAGCAUAGGCAGGAAUCUUACAUGGCCACACUGCAUGUCUGUGUCUCAGCUAGCACCCCUAGGACCAGGACUCUCUCUGAUCUGUGUGUUAUCCAUACUUGACUUCAUACUCAGCUCAGGGUUUGUCUUUGUGCCAGUGGGGAAUGACAAGAGUUGAACACUAGGUCUGAGUCAGGCCAAGGUGUGACAUGCAUGUGUGACUGCGCAUCAUGCUCAAUCACACCACCAUCACUAUGUGUACACAUGUGUGAGUCUAUCUGACUAGCAGGGGUGUGCUUUUCACUUCACAUGUGUUUGGCCAGUGGUCUCUUCCCUGAACAAGUAACACAUGCAGGAUUUUUAUAGCAACUGGCCUUUCCCUUCUUAAAUGCUGAACACAACUAUGUCUCAUGUCCUCAUAGCCAGUCAUGCUCCUGCAGGAGAACUGGUCAUGUUGGAAACUGCAUCAGGCACAAGAAAAGCCCACAUGGGUAGAAAAUGGAGAUAGUUGGAGACACUGUAGUUCCUUAUGUGUUAGGGGCGUCCCAUGUGUGCUUUGUGGUUCUGCAUGCACGAGGAUCCUGUGUGCACUGGUCAGUCCCAUUGUGUGGACCUUGGGGUCCCUUAGACCACUGCCUGCCCAGCAGGCGUUGUAGGUUCUGAGCAGGACCAUCUCAGCAAGUGGCUCAACCAGCUGCUGCUGUCUCCCAUCUCCCUCAUCACAAGCUGGACUUCAUAGGAACAUGAACAUGAGCUGUUAACAAUAAAACUUUGAGGUUGUGAUGGGUAA